CUAAUGUGCAGUUCAAUCUGAAAAGGAAAUUGAUAUGCGUACGACCAAGUGAUACGACUUGUGUACGACUAAAUUAAUCAACGGCUGCAAUGCCACUCUUUUGAUUAAUCAAUGAUCGCAUGCUUUUAGUUGUACGCAAGUCGUAUAAAUUGAUCGUAAGUAUAGCAACGCCGAUCUGAAAAAUACAGUUCGUUCGCUCCUAAUUAAGAUGGUAAAUUAGAGCUCUGGGUGAUCUUGCGGAUUGAGAUUGUAAACCAAAUGCCCAUUCGUUAAGCACUUAAGUUUAUGCAUAUUUUCAUCAGUCUGAAACUAGUCAUUUAUGUGGAAGUCAAACCGGUCGUUUUCUCCCUGUGAAUAUAUUCAUUAAGAAUCCAUGGGCUUCACCACAGGGGAGGGGAGUGCCCAUGAUCAAUUGAUCAUACGCAUCUUACCUGCGAGAUUAGUCAAGGACUCAAGGGCAAGAAGACAGAGACGAGUCACCGGCCACCACAGAAAAGUAGUAAAACGAAAGGAAAUAUCGACCUUUCCAUUGCAAAAAGAAAAGCUCAAUUAGGAUUCUGCUAUUAUGUUUUAGUGUCUCAUAGUGUCAGUCGGGCAGUCAUUGAUACAUGCAGGGCAAAUGCUAGGCAAGAGCAUGCUUAUUUAGUUAUUUUUUCUUAAUGACAAACACGACCAUUGAUAUUUUUUUCAGAGAGAUGCAACUUGACUUAAUAUGGUUGGUUUCUGAUCUUACUUCCCCCUGGAUUAAGCUUGUGCAUACACCCCACCCUAGCCAAUACCAACAAACUUGUCCAUAAGUGAUAAGUAUUGCAGUAUUUACCAUUAAAAAUCGACAACUUCUUUUCUCUCUACCUUUUUUUUUUAAGUAUUUGAUGUGGUCUACCUUCUAUUUAUUGUUAAAAAGGGACAGCCCAGGCUGCAACCCUGUGACCUAUUUAACAUUCAAUCUUCUUUCUUCACCUCCUCCAUGACGCAAAUUUUCCAUUCUAGUUGAUAGCUGUAUUGACACGGUCUAUCUUUUCUUCUUAAAGGCUAAUGCCAAAGACAAUGUUUUACCUUCUUCUCCUGCUGUCGCUUCUCUUCCUCACACAGACAUCUGCAUCCUCUGUUUAUUCUAUGGAAUCAAGCACCUCCAAUUGCUCCAAUGUUUCCAUCCCUUAUCCUUUUGGUAUUGUUGGUGGGAACCCCGCCCCCGCCCAAGGGUUCGAGAUCACCUGUCCCUUGUACGGCUCCGGUCCUAGGAUCCGCAUUAACAAUGUCAUGUUUGGGAUUAUUAACAUCUCAUUGCUGGAUGGUUUUGUAACCAUCUCGGCCAAUGCCACUUCUCAGCAAUGCAAGAGGAACUCUAGCUUCAGCCUGGAAGGGACCAACUUCACAUUCUCGGAUACAAGAAACAAAUUCACAGCUGUGGGUUGUGAUAUGGUAGCCAUGCUAUUGAACGGUAGCCACGGUAGCCGUGGGUAUAGCGGUGGCUGUGCUUCGUUUUGCUCCGCCAAGAGCGAUAUAGUUGAUGGUGCGUGCUCUGGUGUGGCUUGUUGCCAAGCAUCGGUGCCGAAGGGGUUAAAGAGGCUCGAAUCGGAGUUUACUAGCAUAACUGGACAACUCAGCAGGCACAACAGGGUCAAUAAUACUCCAGCAUGUGGCGAGGCUUUCAUCGUGGAGCAGAACUCCUAUGCUUUCUCCAGGGGUGAUCUAAGCAACACAAACAGAGACAACCCUCUAUACCGCCCUGUUGUUCUUGAGUGGUCCAUAUAUGGUGGCAACUGCGAGGAGGCAAGACGCUCUUCAUCAUAUGCCUGCAAGGAGAAUUCUGACUGUUAUAACUCAUCGAAUGGAAUUGGAUAUCGCUGCAAUUGCACCGAUGGGUUUCACGGGAACCCAUACUUGCAAGGUCCUGAUGGAUGCCAAGAUAUUGAUGAAUGCACCAUGAAGAGUCCAUGCAUGCAUGAGUGCCUCAACACGAAAGGGAAUUUCCGCUGCAAGUGCCCAGCAGGGAUGACAGGUGAUGGCCUAAAGGAGGGCAGUGGCUGCAAUGGAACUGGUACAAUGGUUAUUGCAAUAGUUACUGGACUAGCUUUGCUACCACUUCUCCUUAUUUUCAUGUUCUGGACUUACUGGCUUGUUAAGAAGAGAAAACUUGUGAAGAUAAGACAGAGAUUCUUUAUGCAGAAUGGUGGCAUGCUGCUGAAGCAGAAGUUGUUUUCUCAUAGUGCACCACUGCGGAUAUUCACCUCUAGUGAACUUGACAAAGCGACCAACAGUUUCAGUGAUGACAAUAUCAUUGGUCGAGGUGGGUUUGGGAUCGUGUACAAAGGUAUAUUAUUUGAUCAAAUGGUUGUGGCAAUCAAGAAGGCGCAGCGAGUUGAUCAGAACCAGAUUGAGCAAUUCGUAAACGAGCUGGUCAUUCUUUCACAAGUGAACCACAAGAAUGUGGUCCAGCUAUUAGGCUGUUGUCUUGAAACAGAACUUCCCUUGUUGGUUUAUGAAUUCAUCACCAAUGGGGCCCUUUUCCAUCGUCUUCACAACACAUCUGUCCUGAUUUCAUGGGAGGACCGCCUAAGGAUUGCAGUUGAAACGGCAUCAGCACUUGCAUACUUACACUUGGCUACAAAGGAACCAAUUAUUCACAGAGAUGUCAAGUCAUCAAACAUACUCCUUGAUGAGAACUACACUGCAAAGGUAUCUGAUUUUGGUGCUUCGAGGCCAAUACCGCGCAAUCAGACCCAUGUGACAACUUUAGUGCAGGGGACACUGGGUUAUAUGGAUCCUGAAUAUUUCCAAACAAGCCAGCUAACCGAGAAGAGUGAUGUGUACAGUUUCGGUGUGGUUCUUAUUGAGCUAUUGACAAGACAGAAACCUAUAUAUGAUGGUAAGACGGAUGACGUGAGAAAUCUAGCUUGGCAUUUUGGUAUGUUAUUCUAUCAGAACCAGUUGCUGGAAAUUGUAGAUCCUCAAGUGGCCGAGGAAGCUGGCACAAAGCAUGUUAAAACCGUUGCCCAAUUGGCUUUACGAUGCUUGAGGUUGAAAGGUGAAGAGAGGCCGAGGAUGAUAGAAGUGGCAAUUGAACUUGAAGCUCUGAGAAGGUUGAUGAAACAGCACUCGGUCCAGCAGACUGAAACAGACCCUCUGCUUUGUGAAUCCAAUCAUAAUGCAGACGUGAUCAUUGAAGCAUCAUCGAGGUUGAGCCUUGAUGAUAUUUCCGAGGAAAGCAUGGUGUUGGGCUGUAAAUAGAUUAGUGUCCGUGUGUGUACUGUGAGUUGGCCCAUUAGCUGGCCCAUGUACUAAUAUAUAUGUAAAAGAAGCAGCAAUAGAAAAGGAAGGAAGUUGAAGUUUCCAGAAAACCUUCAUGGUAUCAGAGCAUAAUGUUCCAUCAGCAGUUUGAACUGUUUCUUUCCGUGCAAAUGAGUGUGGUUUAUAUGAUGCAAAUUCUUCACACAUACCC